CAAAAGAGUUUAAAGUAUGAGCUGAUUUUGUUGUAAGGUUGCAGAAGAAACCGCCAGUGCAAUCUCACAAGAGGAAGAACACGAGCGGGCAAGGGGGGGAGCAAAUGUUCAGGCGAGAGGCGGUGAUAUGUUUUUAGGCAGAACGUUUCGAAACUAGCCAGUUAGCGUUCAACCUUUCAUGACUCAUUCUUUUAAAAUAAGCAUAUUUUUCUUUUACUGGAUCUGAGGAAAACAUACAUGACAAAUCGGGACCUGGGGGGAUACCAUACUUGGACUAUUUUCGAAAUGCAAAAUGGCUUUGAAAAUUAUGUUUGUUAGCUUACCUUGCUGUACCCAUACUAGCUAGUUAGCCUACACAGUAGAACUGACUUGUUGGUUGCGGCUCCAGGCUAUCUUGCAUGCUAACGUUAGAUACAGUAGCCAGUUAGAUUAUUCGGAUUUACGGAUGGUUGCUACUCCUAAAGUCUGUUAAAUGUAGAUUGCUGGCUGUUUUUAGCUGAGAACUGCGAAUGCGUCUAUCGCAGGUUUGUUGAAUAUUAUGUUAUGCUGUUGGAUAGACUAUCAUGGAGUAAAUUUGUCAAUUACUACUUUUUAUUUUGACUCUCUUGGGAGAGCAUCUGACGUGCUGUCACCAUACAGCCUCGCAGGCAGAGUCCUGUCACCAACGUGGAUAGUCAGUGGGCUAGCUAGCUAGGGUAAGUUAGCUACACUGGAAUUUGACCACCGUGAAAUUCACUGUCGCUACAUGUUAGCUUCAAAUGAUAUCGUAAUUUCUCAUCAUCGCCCAUCGUCCAGAGUCGAGGACGUUUCGCCAUCCGAAGCUGACUGCAAUCAAGGUAAAAAGAUGGAGAGUGAGAAGAAGAGGAGAAAAUACUCCACCAGCAGCAAUGACUCGGACACCACCGACAGUCAGGUGACGUCCUGGUCCAGGUCCUCCAAGAACACUGGGACCAGCAGUACCUGGGUCAGACAGGAGCACAAGAAACCAUCUGAGGUGUUCCGGACAGAUUUUAUCACGGCAAUGAAGCUUCCUGACUCGGCCCAGCUGGGACCCGAUGACUUCUAUGUUCUGUCAGACCCCUGGAGGCAGGAGUGGGAGAAAGGGGUCCAGGUCCCUGCCAACGUGGAGGCCAUUCCGGAGCCUGUGGUCAGGGUGUUGCCAGAGGUGGGACGCAUCCCGUUCUGCUGGGCUGGGCGCGGCCGGGACAGCGAUCUGGGCCUGGGCCUGAGCCAGCGAGACAUGAAGACCACAGACGAGCCACACAGCCGCUAUGACCUGGAUGACCUCGAUGUGUCCUGGCUGGAGCUGGUCAACCAAGAGUUCAAGGAACUGGCCCUGCCGGAGCUGGACGAGCUGACCAUGGAGCGUGUGCUAGUGGAGCUGGAGAGCCAGUGUGAGGAGAACAUGCAGCAGGCCAUUGAGACGGAGGAGGGCCUGGGCAUAGAGUACGACGAGGACGUGGUGUGUGACGUGUGCCGAUCCCCAGAGGGCGAGGACGGCAACGAGAUGGUCUUCUGUGACAAGUGUAACAUCUGCGUGCAUCAGGCGUGUUAUGGCAUCCUCAAGGUGCCACAAGGGAACUGGCUGUGCCGAACCUGUGCCCUGGGGGUGCAACCCAAAUGCCUGCUGUGCCCCAAGAGAGGCGGGGCCCUGAAGCCCACACGCAGUGGUACCAAGUGGGUCCACGUCAGCUGUGCCUUAUGGAUCCCAGAGGUGAGUAUUGGCUGCCCAGAGAAGAUGGAGCCCAUUACCAAGGUGUCCCACAUCCCCGCCAGCCGUUGGGCCCUGUCCUGUACUCUCUGUCGAGAACACACUGGUACCUGUAUUCAGUGCUCCAUGCCCUCCUGCAUUGUGGCCUUCCACGUGACCUGCGCCUUCGACCACGGCCUGGAGAUGCGCACCAUCCUGGCUGAGAACGAUGAGGUGCGCUUCAAGUCCUACUGUCUGGAGCACAGCAGCACCACCGCCCCGGGCAGCACUGAUGCCAGCACCAAGCCGGACCGGGCCGGACUCGGCAAUGAGCACCGAGCCGCCGCCGGUCCGGACCUCCACCAAGCCACCAGCGAGCUGCCACCAGUGGAGCGACCGGCGCCACCCGUCGAGCGCCCGGACAGGGACCAGAUAGAGCGGGAGAAGGCCAGCCAGCGCAAACAGAAACUCCAGGAGCUGGAGGACGAGUUCUACCGCCUGGUGGACCCCAAAGACGUGGCGAGGAGCCUGGGCCUGCCGGACGCCCAUGUGGACUUCCUGUACCAGUUCUGGAAGCUGAGGAGGAAGUCCAACUUCAACCGUCCACUGGUGACGCUGAAAAGAGACGAGGUGGAUAACCUGGCACAGCAGGAGCAGGACGUGCUCUACCGACGCCUCAAACUGUUCACACACCUACGGCAGGACCUGGAGAGGGUGAGGAACUUGUGCUACAUGGUGACACGGCGGGAGAGGAUGAAGAGUUCCCUGUGUGACCUUCAGGAGAAGAUCUUCCAUCUGCAGGUCAAGCUGCUGGAAGAGGACCUAGCAGGAGAGAAAACCAUGAAGGGUCAGAAGGGGAGGCAGAACAGCGGUGUGAAGGAGAGGGGGAAGGAGCGGAGGAAAAGCAGUCCGGAGAAGAAGAAAGAGAGGUGGAGUUCUGACAACGGCUCCCUCCUCAAGCAGCUAGGUUUCCCCAAGACCUUUCCCCUGGACAACAACCUGUUUGACAGUUGGCUGGCCCAGUCGGUUCAGAUCACCGCUGACGACAUGCUGAGCCAGUGGGCCUUGGAUGCCGGGCAGCACCGCGACAAGACGGCCAGCCUGCUGUCUGACCAGCUCCUGCAGGGAGAGGAGAGCCUGCUGAGCCUCAUGAUGGACCACUCCGUGAAGUCUACCUGGAAGACCCCUCAGCUGGGCCGCAAGACCCGGGCCAAGCCCCGAGGCCGAGGCCACAACUCCACCAGCAACGGCACGGCGACGGCCCCGCCCUACUCCGCCGUGGCUCCUGCCGCUGCGGCUGCCUCCAGCGCUCCGCAGGCGGAGGAGAGGCCAGAGCACGGGGCUCGUAGAGGAGAGAGGACCCGGGGUUCCAAGGCCCACCUCCCCCUGACCAGGAGCACUGAGGGCCUGCAGCCGCCCACCUCCAAAAUGGACUCCUGUCACAUCUCAGAGGAGCACAGCCCGGCGGGUCCAGGAGCGGCCUCCUCCCCCACACCUCCCCCCAUGGCCUCCUGCUCUCCAACCCAGCCCUGCGGUAGUCCUGGGACGGUGCCUGAGGGGGUGGCUGGGGUUGUCCCACGCACUGCCCUGCGCCUCCGCCUGCCCCGGCACGGCAAGUCCCGGGGGAAGAGCGGCGAUGUAGGGCCGCAGGAGGUGGUGGAGAGGGAGGUGGAGACCCGCCCAUUGAAGGAGACCUCGUCGUCGUCGCUGCAGGACCCCGAGACGGAUGGCUACUUCUCUGACGCCGAGCAGAGCGACUCGGACACUCGCUCCAGCGGCCGUAAGCUCCGUCUGGCCAAGUUGCAUUCUGGGAACGAGGACCUGCUGAGGAGGAGUGUGCUGGCGUUGUAGGAAAAACUGAGCGCACACACCCAUCGUUGACCAGGAAACCCACUGUCUUUUCAGACCCUUGUUCUGGUUACCAUAGCUACUGUCUGCCCAGUGAGUCUGGGCCCUUUAUAUUAUACAUACAGUUGUUUUCUCUAGAUCGCUUUAAUGAACCAAAUCUCUGUACUUCACUAGUCGUAAAUCAGUUCAUCUGCUCUGUACUGGGGAUUUGAAUGUAGCUGUUAGUCAGAUAGCUACAAAACAACACCUAGAUGUUAGUAGUGCUUGUUACAAAUGCUGUAUGAUGACGUAAGAAGCCGAUGAUGAAUAGGAUUGGACUACGUUACAUUUAGGGUUUGUUUGGUUUAGAUGUAUAACAUGGCAGUAGACCCUGUCAUCAACCCUUUCUAGUGGCGUGGCGUCCGUGGAACUAACCGCUAGACUUGGGCUGAAUACUCUGUGGGCAUUAUAAGAUGUUCAGGUGAAUCUCUUCCUUUCUCUUGACCUAAGAUGGGUCCCUCGAGGUGAUCCCUGGGAUAUGAUGUUUAAAAAGCCUUUCCGUUCACAAUCAGUCUGAGAAAUGUACAGAACAAUAUGACACAAAUAUUAGCCUUUCAAAGCACAAUAGUUAACAGGAACUGUAAAACAAACAUUGUGCAUAAACACACAGACACCCUUUCACACACAAACACACCAGACAACACACACGUUUACACACGUACUCCCAAGACACACACUCAGCUUUCAGCAGUUGUUGAAAUAUACUGUUUGAGAAGUAUGUCAGCCCUUCAUUGACUUCUCACCUUCCGUGUGGGCCGGAAUCCUUGGAGAAACAGUAUUUUACAAAUCGCGUGCCUUCUGUCGCUCCCCCUAAAGAGUUUAUCUGUCAAUCAAUCAAUCACUUCUAGAAUCUGAUUUGUUACAAUCAAAAUAGGAAAACCUGCUGUAUCGGUAAUCCAUCAUACCGAAACAGAGGGCUUCUCCAACCUUAAUUGUAGUGCCUAAAAAAAAGGAUGUAAAUGCAGCUUUGCCAUUAAUCAACCCAACCGCAUGCAAAGCCACACAGAUCUCGAGUUCUACCAUAUUUGUGCAAAGUGCUGCCCCAGUAAAGCAACUUCUGGAAUCUUUGUUGCUCCCGACAAAUGGUAUAAUCAGCUACAGUACAGAGUCCUGGAUUCUGACUUCUGGCUUCCUUUUUUAGUUCUUUGUAAAUUUGUUGUUUUAACUCUUGUUUUUUUCGUCUCAGAGAGUUGUAUUUUAUACUUAAAGCGGUCCACAGUAUUUUCUCAGGGUUUAAAAAAAAAUAAAUGACGGAAGAAAACAAAGAAGGGUUUAAAGAUGUAUUGAAAUCAAAGUUAAAUGGUAGAUAUAUGAAACUAUAUUAAACAGGCUAUUUUACGCAUAUAAUAGGUAUGUAUAGAGAAACGGUUCCUUGGGCAAGGCGUCACUGUUUGAACUCUGACUACUACUGUACUGCUAGCUUGUAUCCAGUCAGUACCACCACCACCACCUGGCUGUCUCCUGAGUUGAUGAUGCCAAAGAACAGUGUGUAAACAGACAGGCCAGCAUGCACUCAGUCCGGCCGCGUUCCAAACCGCACCCUGUUCCCUUUCCGCCAGCUCGCGUGGCCUCCUUCUUCUGUUUUAACGAUGGCGUCCAACGAGAGGGCCUUGAGGACAGAAAUGUACCUGAGGCCAGUUUGCGGCGUCGCGGUGAAGUGAAUUUGGGACGCUCCGCGUUGCUCCGGCCUGCUCUGGUGUGGUGCGGCUCGGCCGUAACACCACCACUACUCCAUCCUUCCGUUCCCUUGGCCCUCGGCACCACCAACCUGGGAAGAAUUGAAUGCUGCUGAAUCGUGUGUGUGUGUGUGUGUGUGUGUGUGGCUGAUUGUUAUGUCCCACCAACACACCCAGCGCUGGUAUAACAGGGUUAAAAUGUACAAGAUGAUUAGGUUUUAGUUUCUCGCCCUGCUCCAGGUGGGACACAGACUGAGAAUGACACUCCCUAAAUCAGCGGAUUGGUCCAUGGCCACAGUGUGUGUCGGCCUGCUCCUCUUCCCUCCAUCUAGCGUAACCCCUGGAGACACAGACCGCUACAACCGUAGAAGGAGUAGAGCAUUAUACUCCUCCUAACGCUUCACUUACAACAGAAAUACACAGUAACAACAACAAUGCUUAUUGUUCUCUGCAGAUAGGUGGUCGGUUUGGGUGGGUGGUGUUUGUGCUGUUGUAGCGCUACAGGAUCCACCCAACCACUUAGCCGUUUGUUUUGCUAAGACAAUGAAAUGUAAACUUGGUUUCAAUAUUCAAUAUAUACACCGAUUUAGACUAGACAGUGUUUUAGAUGGAGCCUAUCAUGUACGGCCCCUAAUGUUGUAGAAAAACAGGUUAUUAUUCUUGAAGUCGGGCUUCUACGCCCUUUUUCAACGCUUCCUCUCAGAAACAGUAGGCUGGGUUAUAAUGAGGUGGUGAGAUCUUUUGGUCCAGCAGGCAGCAUGUAAUGGCACUUUUCAUACACUGAUGGAUUAUCCUACAGAUUAUGUUUGGAUGGAUGGUAUUAUCCUACAGAUUAUGUUUGGAUUGAUGGUAUCAUCCUACAGAUUAUGUAUGAAUGGACAGUAAUAAUCCUACAGAUUGUUUGGAUGGACGGUAAUAAUCCUACAGAUUAUGUUUGGAUGGAUGGUAUUAUCCUACAGAUUAUGUUUGGAUGGAUGGUAUUAUCCUACAGAUUGUGUUUGGAUGGAUGGUAUUAUCCUACAGAUUAUGUUUGGUUGGAUGGUAUUAUCCUACAGAUUAUGUUUGGAUGGAUGGUAUUAUCCUACAGAUUGUGUUUGGAUGGAUGGUAUUAUCCUACAGAUAUGUUUGGUUGGAUGGUAUUAUCCUACAGAUUAUGUUUGGAUUGAUGGUAUCAUCCUACAGAUUAUGUAUGAAUGGACAGUAAUAAUCCUACAGAUUGUUUGGAUGGAUGGUAAUAAUCCUACAGAUUAUGUUUGGAUGGAUGGUAUUAUCCUACAGAUUAUGUUUGGAUGGAUGGUAUUAUCCUACAGAUUGUUUGGAUGGAUGGUAUUAUCCUACAGAUUAUGUUUGGAUUGAUGGUAUCAUCCUACAGAUUAUGUAUGAAUGGAUGGUAUUAUCCUACAGAUUGUUUGGAUGGAUGGUAUUGUUAUUGCCCUUAAGCAGGUUUUCUUUGCCCCAUUGCUGAGGACCCAACAGCUGACAGUUGUAUUAUUCCAGCCCUUUAUUAACACACCUGAAUCGACUAAUAAAAAUGUGUGAUCUUUUGAAGAGUGUGUAUCUGCUUGGCUGGAACAAAACAUGCGUUCAGGCAUUAGGUCCCCUGGAAUAGGGUUGAGAAAGACUGUGUAAAUGUCCGAAUGCUGUCCCUGUACACACCUAGGAACUGCUGCUGUCGUUGUUGUCUGUGACUUGAAAAGGCCACGAACACACAAAUGGAACACAACGACAACGUCACUGAAAAGGAUCUCCUCUUCUGUGUUAGCUGCUUCGUCCGAUGAGGAGCUGGUUUAAGGCUCCAGUAGUUAGACUGCCAUUUCCAUAUCUGGUUUUUGUAUGCACCAACCAUGAUGUAUGAUACUGCACUAGAGACCUUUUUGUUUCCGUGUUAAAAGCCUUUGCAAGCUGAUUUUUGUAACGCUUCAGCCGCGGCUCAUGUAACUAGAAUGCUGACUCAUAAUCAGACAGACUGCUUCCUUACUGGCGCUUUAGCUCUCUGUCUACUGACUGCUUCUAGACAAUGAAGUAUGAUUCCAAUCCACCACCACCCCACAGACCAGCGCUCUGUCUCAACCCCCCCCCCUCCCCCCAACCCCACCCCGCUUCUGUGUUCCGCCAGCCCGCCUUCACUCCUUCGUUGUUUUUAAGCGCAGGAGGAUUAAAGGAACGUGCUUUAAGGACAAAUAAUGACGUUCAUGUGUUCUGAAGUGGAGCGAGCGUUUGUCACUCUGCUGCUCUGGGCAGGAGGGAGAGCGAGGGACGUGCACGCCGGUCGAGGGAGAGGACAGUUUGUACUUUCCUCUUAGUGUUUGCGCCCUGUCCACACAGUGAACUUAGCUGGCAGGAAAUCUGAACAACACCCCUGUCUCUCUCUCUGUCCCUCUCUCUGCUCUGCUCACAAACACAAAGUGCAGAAACGUGUGUUGUCACUAUAGCUGUUUAUUGGCUCUCUGUGCUGUUGUUUUGUAUACAGAGCCAUAGAUUGAUGGAUUUGAUAACAAGAAAGGGGAACUGUAAAGCCAGUAGUUUUGUGGGUGUGCACCGUUUGUCUGAGUGGAUGGUUGUGUGCGCGCACGCGUGGUUGUACACAUGUACGCUUGUCUGUGUCUGUCAAGCGUGUGUGUGCGCGUGUGUGUGUGUGUGUGUGUGUGUGUGUGUGUGUGUGUGUGUGU